AUGGAGCUGGAGGACGGGGUGGUGUACCAGGAGGAGCCCGGCGGCUCCGGCGCCGUCAUGUCGGAGCGGGUGUCCGGCCUGGCCGGCUCCAUCUACCGCGAGUUCGAGCGGCUGAUCGGGCGCUACGACGAGGAGGUGGUGAAGGAGCUGAUGCCGCUGGUGGUGGCGGUGCUGGAGAACCUGGACUCGGUGUUCGCGCAGGACCAGGAGCACCAGGUGGAGCUGGAGCUGCUGCGGGACGACAACGAGCAGCUCAUCACCCAGUACGAGCGGGAGAAGGCGCUGCGCAAGCACGCGGAGGAGAAAUUCAUUGAAUUUGAAGACUCUCAAGAACAGGAAAAAAAGGAUUUACAGACCCGAGUGGAAUCUUUAGAAUCUCAAACAAGACAACUUGAACUCAAAGCAAAAAACUAUGCUGACCAGAUUAGCAGACUUGAAGAAAGAGAAGCAGAACUGAAGAAGGAAUAUAAUGCAUUACAUCAAAGACACACUGAGAUGAUCCAUAAUUAUAUGGAACACUUAGAGAGGACAAAACUUCAUCAGCUCUCAGGGAGUGAACAACUAGAAUCUGCAGUUCAUAGUAGAAUUAGAAAAGAACGCCCUAUAUCACUAGGGCUUUUCCCUCUACCUGCGGGAGACGGGUUGCUUACACCUGACACCCAGAAAGGUGGAGAGACCCCUGGAUCGGAGCAAUGGAAAUUCCAGGAAUUAAGUCAGCCACGUUCUCAUACCAGCCUGAAGGAUGAACUUUCUGAUGUUAGCCAAGGAGGAUCUAAAGCUACCACUCCAGCAUCAACAGCUGCUUCAGAUGUAGGGGUACUUCCUACAGACACACCCUUAAAGGAAGACGCUGAAGGACUUGUGAAAGACGCACCAGAUAAGGCAGACAUAAGCAAGCAUAUUGAAAUUCAAGUAGCCCAAGAAACUAGAAAUGUAUCAACAGGCUCUGCGGAAAAUGAAGAGAAGUCAGAAGUUCAAGCGAUCAUCGAAUCCACUCCUGAGUUGGAUAUGGACAAAGAUCUCAGUGGAUAUAAAGGCUCAAGCACUCCCACCAAAGGCAUAGAGAACAAAGCUUUUGAUCGCAACACGGAAUCGCUCUUUGAAGAACUGUCUUCAGCUGGCUCAGGCCUAAUCGGAGAUGUGGACGAAGGAGCAGAUUUACUAGGAAUGGGUCGUGAAGUUGAGAAUCUUAUAUUAGAAAAUACACAACUGUUGGAAACCAAAAAUGCUUUGAAUGUGGUGAAGAAUGAUUUGAUAGCAAAAGUGGAUGAGCUGACCUGUGAGAAAGAUGUGCUGCAAGGGGAGUUGGAGGCUGUGAAACAAGCCAAAUUGAAGCUGGAGGAAAAGAACAAAGAACUGGAGGAAGAGCUGAGGAAAGCUCGUGCAGAAGCUGAAGAUGCAAGGCAAAAAGCAAAAGAUGACGAUGAUAGUGAUAUUCCCACAGCCCAGAGGAAGCGGUUUACUAGAGUAGAAAUGGCCCGAGUUCUAAUGGAGAGAAACCAGUAUAAAGAGAGACUGAUGGAGCUUCAGGAAGCCGUUCGAUGGACAGAGAUGAUUCGAGCAUCAAGAGAAAAUCCAGCCAUGCAGGAAAAAAAAAGAUCAAGCAUCUGGCAGUUUUUUAGCCGACUUUUUAGCUCCUCAAGUAACACUACUAAGAAACCCGAACCACCUGUUAAUCUGAAGUAUAAUGCACCCACCUCUCACGUCACUCCUUCUGUCAAGAAAAGAAGCAGCACCUUAUCUCAGCUCCCUGGGGACAAGUCCAAAGCCUUUGACUUCCUUAGUGAAGAAACUGAAGCUAGUUUAGCCUCACGCAGAGAACAAAAGAGAGAGCAGUAUCGUCAGGUGAAGGCACACGUUCAGAAGGAGGACGGAAGAGUGCAGGCUUUCGGCUGGAGCCUGCCUCAGAAGUACAAACAGGUAACCAAUGGUCAAGGGGAAAAUAAGAUGAAAAAUUUACCUGUGCCUGUCUGUCUCAGGCCUCUAGAUGAAAAAGAUACAUCAAUGAAGCUGUGGUGUGCUGUUGGAGUCAAUUUAUCUGGUGGGAAGACCAGAGAUGGCGGUUCUGUUGUUGGAGCGAGUGUAUUUUACAAGGAUGUUGCUGGUUUGGAUGCAGAAGGCAGUCAGCAGCGGAGUGCAUCUCAGAGUAGUUUAGACAAGCUCGAUCAGGAACUGAAGGAACAGCAGAAGGAGUUAAAAAAUCAAGAAGAAUUAUCUAGUCUAGUCUGGAUCUGUACUAGUACUCACGCAGCUACAAAAGUGAUUAUUAUUGAUGCUGUUCAACCAGGCAACAUCUUAGACAGUUUCACUGUUUGCAACUCGCACGUCCUGUGUAUAGCAAGUGUGCCAGGAGCACGAGAAACAGACUACCCAGCAGGAGAAGAGCUUUCAGAAUCUGGCCAUGUAGACAAAGCGUCUUUAUCUGGCAGCAUGACAAGCAAUAGCUCAGCAGAGACAGACAGCCUGCUGGGAGGCAUCACGGUGGUCGGUUGUUCUGCAGAAGGUGUGACAACAGGUGCCACUCCCCCCAGUACCAACGGUGCUUCUCCAGUGACAGAAAAACCGCCAGAAAAGGAAGCGGAAAGUAGUGAGAUUGAUGAAAAUGUUCCAACGGCAGAAGAAGCAACAGAAGCCACAGAAGGCAAUGCAGGGUCAGCUGAAGACAACACGGAUGUCUCCCAGACGGGCGUGUACACAGAGCACGUCUUCACAGAUCCUUUGGGAGUGCAAAUCCCAGAAGACCUCUCACCAGUGUAUCAGUCAAGUAAUGACUCAGAUGCAUAUAAAGAUCAAAUAUCAGUGUUGCCAAAUGAACAAGAUCUGGCGAGAGAAGAAGCCCAGAAAAUGAGUAGCCUUUUACCAACUAUGUGGCUAGGCGCUCAGAAUGGCUGUUUGUAUGUCCAUUCAUCUGUAGCCCAGUGGAGGAAAUGUCUCCAUUCUAUUAAACUUAAAGAUUCGAUUCUCAGUAUUGUACACGUGAAAGGAAUUGUGUUAGUGGCCCUGGCUGAUGGCACCCUUGCUAUCUUUCACAGAGGAGUUGAUGGGCAGUGGGAUUUGUCAAACUAUCACUUGUUAGAUCUUGGGCGGCCUCACCAUUCCAUCCGAUGCAUGACUGUGGUACAUGACAAAGUCUGGUGUGGCUAUCGGAACAAAAUCUAUGUGGUUCAGCCAAAGGCCAUGAAAAUUGAGAAAUCAUUUGAUGCUCACCCCAGGAAGGAGAGCCAGGUGCGGCAGCUCGCGUGGGUAGGUGACGGUGUGUGGGUCUCCAUUCGUUUGGAUUCCACACUCCGUCUCUACCAUGCACACACUUACCAACAUCUACAGGAUGUGGACAUUGAGCCUUAUGUCAGCAAAAUGUUAGGUACCGGAAAACUGGGCUUCUCCUUCGUGAGGAUCACAGCUCUCAUGGUGUCCUGCAAUCGCUUGUGGGUGGGCACGGGGAACGGUGUCAUUAUCUCCAUCCCGCUGACAGAAACAAAUAAAACCUCAGGAGCACCAGGAAAUCGCCCUGGAAGUGUGAUCCGCGUGUACGGUGAUGAAAACAGCGAUAAAGUGACCCCAGGGACAUUCAUACCGUACUGCUCAAUGGCGCACGCUCAGCUGUGCUUCCAUGGGCAUCGGGAUGCCGUGAAAUUCUUCGUGGCAGUCCCAGGGCAGGUUGUCGGCCCACAGAGUGGCGGUAGUGGCACAGAUCUGGCAGGUGACAAAGCAGGGCCCUCUGCACAGGAGCCUGGCAGCCAGACGCCCUCGAAGUCCAUGCUUGUCAUCAGUGGCGGGGAGGGCUACAUCGACUUUCGAAUGGGUGAUGAAGGUGGAGAAUCAGAGCUUCUGGGAGAGGAUCUUCCACUUGAACCUUCUGUCGCCAGAGCGGAAAGGAGUCACUUGAUAGUAUGGCAAGUGAUGUAUGGCAGCGAGUGA